GUUUUCAUUGAAAAAUUAGUUGAACAACCAAAACCUUACAAACUGUUUGUCUUGUAUUAGGUGAAACUAAAACAAUCGGCUGUUUUAAAUCAAUAGUUUUGUAGUAAUGUUUAAAUUUGUAUAUAUUGAACGAAGAAAAGUGUAACAGUCUGAACAGUCUUUUCUUACAAGCGUUAAUGUUUAAACUCUUGGAAACGUUUUUGUCGUUCUACUGAGUUGAUUUACACAUGUGCAGCGAAGAAAUUUGGCAUCACGUAAGGUGGUUGGAUAAAAAACAUCAGGAUUUUAUGUUUAUGGAGUUUUUAUUUUCACAAUGUUGAAGUCGAAAACAUUUGUGAAGAAGACACGGGCGGGCGGCGUGAUGAAAAUAGUGCGCGAACAUUACUUGAGAGAUGAUAUUUGGUGUGGAAGUGAAGCUUGCAGAGAAUGCAAACAGGAGUCCACUGUGCUACAGGCAGACGCGUGCAUUGAGAGCAACCUGUGCCCCUAUCCUCACUAUGUGGUCCCUGACACGAAUGUGGUGCUGCACCAGAUCGAUGUGUUAGAAGAUCCUGUGAUCCGUAACGUGAUCAUCCUGCAGACUGUACUCCAGGAGGUUCGGCACCGCAGUGCUCCUGUGUACAAGCGCUUAAAGGACAUGAUUCAGGCGAAAGAGAAACUCGUCUACACUUUUACCAAUGAACACCACAGGGAGACGUACAUUGAACGGGAACAGGGGGAAAGUGCCAACGACCGCAACGAUCGGGCAAUCCGUGUGGCCGUCAAGUGGUACAGCCAGCAUCUGAAAGCAGAUGGGCUGAAAGUCGUCCUUCUCACUGACGAUCAAGGGAACAAAGAAAAAGCUGAGGAGAACAGCCUAGUGGUGUACAAAUUUGAUGAAUAUGUGAAGAACCUGACAGCAAACCCUGAGUUAGUGGAUCGCCUGGCUUUGUCAAAAGAUGAUAAGGCGGAAAUCAUAAGCAGUAAAGUGUUGUUUCCAGAACACCUUCCUCUGUCCAAGAUCCAAUCAGGAAUCAAAAGUGGCACGUUCCUCCAGGGCACCUUCAAAGCCAGCAGAGACAACUAUCUGGAAGCCACAGUAUUUGUCCAGGGAGAUGGAGCAGAAAGCACAGAGGUUCUCAUUCAGGGUCUUCAGAAUCUAAACAGAGCCGUACAUCAGGACGUGGUUGCUGUACAGCUGCUACCGCGCAAUCAGUGGGUGUCCCCGUCCUCUGUUGUCCUUCAGGAUGAUGGCGCUGCAAAGGAUGAUGACAUGGAUGAGGAUGAGGAGGAGAAAGCGUUGAGGAUCUCAGCAGCAGAAGCAGCCGGAAAACCCACAGGAAAAAUAGUGGGAAUUAUCAAGAGGAACUGGAGGCCAUUCUGUGGCAUGCUGAAUGUCUCGCAAAUUAAAGAGUCUACCAGACAUCUCUUCACCCCUGCAGACCGCCGUAUCCCCCGCAUUCGCAUUGAAACACGUCAGGCCUCCACACUUGUAGGCCAGAGGAUCAUGGUGGCAAUCGAUGGCUGGCCCAAAAACUCCAGAUAUCCAAAUGGUCACUUUGUCCGCAGUCUGGGAAGUGCAGGAGAGAAGGGAACAGAGGAGGCGGUGCUGUUACUUGAACAUGAUGUUCCACAUCAGGCCUUCUCUCAGAAUGUGCUUAGUUUCCUCCCCAAGAUGCCAUGGGGCAUCACGCCAGAGGACAUGGUAAAGAGACAGGACCUGAGGCAUUUGACAGUGUGCAGCGUGGAUCCUCCUGGAUGCACAGACAUAGAUGAUGCUCUGCACUGCAGAGAGCUAGAAAAUGGAAACCUCGAGGUUGGAGUUCACAUCGCUGAUGUCAGUCACUUCAUCAGACCUGGCAAUGCUCUGGACAAAGAGGCUGCUAAUCGGGGCACCACUGUUUACUUAUGCGGUAAAAGGAUUGAUAUGGUUCCUGAGCUUCUCAGCUCCAAUCUUUGUUCUUUACGGUCAAAUGUGGAAAGGCUGGCUUUCUCGUGCAUUUGGGAAAUGAACCACAAUGCAGAAAUCCUGAAGACUCAGUUCACAAAAAGUGUCAUUAACUCCAAGGCAUCUUUGACUUACGCCGAGGCUCAGAUGAGGAUCGAUGACACCAACAAGAAAGAUGACAUCACAGAGAGUUUGCGGGGUCUGAAUAAACUGGCUAAAAUCCUCAAAAGGAAGAGGAUUGAGAACGGGGCCCUGACCCUGUCGUCCUUAGAGGUCCGGUUCCAUAUCGACAGUGAAACUCACGACCCCAUAGACCUUCAGACCAAAGAACUCAUGGAGACAAACUCCAUGGUAGAGGAGUUCAUGUUGCUGGCCAACAUCUCAGUCGCACAGAAGAUUUAUGAUGAAUUUCCAGAUUGUGCUUUGCUGAGGAAACAUCCAGCACCACCUCCAUCCAACUAUGACAUUUUGCUCAAAGCAGCCAAGUCCAUGAAUGUGGAGAUUCACACUGAUUCAGCUAAAGCACUGGCCGACUCCCUUGAUGUGGCCAAAGUGGACGGUUUCUCCUACUUCAACACGCUGCUUCGCAUCUUGGCCACUCGCUGCAUGAUGCAAGCCGUUUAUUUCUGCUCUGGGAUGGACAGCGAUUUCCACCACUAUGGUCUUGCUUCACCCAUCUAUACCCACUUUACAUCCCCUAUUAGAAGAUAUGCAGAUAUCAUAGUGCACCGCCUGCUGGCAGUAGCCAUAGGAGCAGAUAUAACCUAUCCAGAUUUGAUGGAUAAGCACAAACAGUCGGCCCUUUGCAACAAUCUGAACUACAGACACAAAAUGUCUCAGUAUGCUCAAAGAGCUUCUGUGGCCUUCCACACUCAGCUGUUCUUCAAGAGCAGAGGAAUACUGAAUGAAGAAGGAUUUGUUCUGUUUGUGAGGAAGAAUGCAAUCAUCGUUCUUAUCCCGAAGUUCGGCUUGGAGGGAACAGUUUUCUUUGACUCGAAAGACAAAGCCGGUCCCAGCCUAGUUUUUGACGAGGAGGGUCCUACUCUCAAGGUGGAGCAGACCACAUUCCACAUAUUUGAUAAGGUUAAGGUCACCAUCAGUUUGGAUGACUCGAACAUCCAGCACCAGAAGAUCCGGAUGGCUUUAACAGAGCCUGUGAUCCCAGGUGUGAGUGUUGCUGCUCCUGAUGUUGAACCUCAAGCCAAAAAACCAAAAGUGGACCACUAAAGUGUCUCCAUGGGCCACCAGGACAAGGACACUUCAGAAACAAAAGGACAAUAGGACUGGAGGGUUUGAUGAUUGGAAUAUUUUUUAGGCUUUGAGUCAUUUUCCAAAGUCAUUUUGAACAUCUCUAAAAUAAAUGCAGUUUAGUGAUUAGAAACAAUUGAUGUAUUGACAAUUUUAUGGACUGAAAGAUGGCAAAUUGGAAUUAUAUAACAGAAAGCACAAACGUCAUUAAAGGUUGUUUGUUUUUUAGCAACUAUGAUGGUUGUCAUACAUGUUGAAGUUGUCCAGGACAUGAACAGGUUCAAGUGUGCAGCUCUGCCUUUUCCCAGACUUGAGACUGGCACACAAAAACCCUGGAUUGGGCCCUCUUGUAGUUGUAUUUAGCAACUAUGAUAUGUAUUUUCUAAAAAUGUAUGCACACAGAACAGAUCAAAUGUGCAAUAAAAAUGUUUAACAAAUGCAAGAAAUUGUGCAAACUAAACCAACAGCCUCAGAUCAGAAGCACAGCAGAACGGAAUGGGUUAGUAGAAUUAACCGUGACCACUUCAUUAAAUUGUAUUUGAGGCCUUUUUGUGGGA